GAACGUUUCAAUUCUAUAUCGAGUUCAAAUUUCAUCCAGCUCAAACAAAAUGAAAGUUCUCGUCGUCUUCGCUUGCUUCCUGUUGAUGGUGGCCACUUCAACAUCUCAUAAAUGUGGACCUAACUCGCACUACACCCCGUGUAUCUCGAACUGUCCUUUGUCCUGCGCCAACAAGGAUUUGGGUAUUCUCUGCACCCAGGAGUGUCGCAGAGACGGAUGCGCCUGUGACGAAGGAUUCUUGCUUGACAAAGAAGGAAAUUGUAUCAGAGAUUACGAAUGUCCACGGUUUGAGUGUGGACUCAAUGAGUACUACGAAUUCUGUGGAAGCGGAUGCGGAUAUCCGCUCAGUGUUUGUGGAAAAUACAUUGAAGACCCGGAAGAUUUUAAGAUUUGUCCUGCAUACUGCAGAGCGGUCUGUCUUUGCAAACCCGGCUAUCAGAGAAACACCGAGCAGCAAUGCGUCAAGCCGGAACAUUGUCAAUAAUUGUCCUGAAUAAAUUAUGAAUAAAUUGCAAUUUAUUUGAAUAGUACCUUUAAAAAAUAAUUGUUUCUAAAAUUGUUGUCUGUUUUAUUGCGGCUAUUAUGUUGUCAUUUUAUAGUAAUGUAAAGAAAAAUACGAAAUAAAAAUUAUUGAAACAUA